UUUAAGCAGAGGCUGGAUGGCCACCUGUCACAGGGGAUGAUGCUUUGGUUGGGAGUUCCUGCAUGGCAGAAAGGGGUUGGACUGGAUGGCUCUUGGGGUCUUUUCCAACUCUAAGAUCCUGUGUCGCCAGAGAAAGCAGGGAAGCUGCAGUUUGGAUGCUCCUGGCUGCCUCUCCAGGUGAGGGUUGUCACUCCUCUUGCAGUCUUCCGAUGGCAGGAACCAAGGGUCUGCCCACAGGAGGGACCCCCCCUUCAGUCCCUGAGAUGCUAAUGGCCCUGAUGGCCCUCGGGCAAUAAAACCCGGCCCCCGACGGAAGGCGGCAGCAGCAGCAGCAGCCACCAUGCAGCAGCUCCUGACCUCCUACUUCAUCGAGAGCAUCCUGGGCAGACAGAGCUCCACUGGGGAUCGCCUUGGAGGGAACCCCAUAGAUCUUGGGAAGGUGCCCCCAACUGGGCUGGUGGUGAAGGAGGCCCCUUUGGAAACUCCAGAGGAAGAGCAGGAGAGCGUCCACACUGUUGAGGAAGAGACCUGCUCAGCAUCAGGACCCUUGGCCUUAGGGAUGCCAGCCCCUGGGCAGCCCAAGAGAAAACAACGCAGGUACCGCACCACCUUCAGCAACUUCCAACUGGAGGAACUGGAGCGAGCCUUCCGAAAGAGCCACUACCCUGACGUCUUCACCAGGGAGGAACUGGCAAUGCGGCUAGACCUUACGGAAGCCCGAGUUCAGGUCUGGUUUCAAAACCGGAGGGCCAAAUGGAGGAAACGGGAGAAAACAGAGAUUUUGGGAAGCCUGCCUAGCAUCUCCCUGCCACAUCCACUGGGUCUCUACUUGGACAUUCCUCUGAGUCAAGUGCCCCUCUUGGACCCCACCUGGAGAUCAGUGCCACUUUCCACAAUGGCGCUGCCUUCAGUGGCACCUGCAUUCAGCCCAGCCACCUUGACGCCAUUUGGUCUUAGCAGCCUCACCUGGACAUCCUUUCUCCGGAAUCCCCUUCUAAGCCCUCAGCUUGGAAGGUUCCUUGGCACUUUAAACCCCCUCAUAACAACUGCAUCAGUGCUAUCGAAAGCUCCCGGAGCCCCUGUAGAUCCUGUUUCAACAGCCUUCACUGAUCCUCUUGCAGCUGAAAUGAAAACCCCACGUAUCACAGAGUUGCAGCUCAGAGCCAAAGAACGUUCUGCACCACAAAGCCCUCCAGUAAAUCUGGUAGCACCCUCUAUCAGCCCCAGCUCUAAGAAGGAACUUUGCUAACGGUUUUUGUCCAGGGACUGCAAUCUGGUCCAAGCAAUAGUGAAUCCAGCAAUAAAGACCAUGCUCAGACACCCGCACAGGAGAAUUCAUGCAACACAAUAUGGAGAAACAUAUAAGGCUGAACUAUUGUAGUAACUUAAUAUAUUUCAUCCCUUUCUGUAUCUGGAGUAAAAAAUUUGGUUCAUGGCCUAUAAGAGAAAUAAAGUUGACUUAAUAACUACGUCUGCAAGGAAAGCUGGUGUGACAAGCCAAAUAAAAGCAGGAGUUCACUGGGGGAAAUGUAAUAAACUUAAGCGUUUCAGAGUUUUCUG